UUUAGUAGCCGCAUGUAGUAAAGAUGGCGGCGUUCAUGCGAGGAGUGUUGUGCCAUGUUCGUAAUGUAGAACGAAGAGAUAUUCUGCAAAUGCGAUACGAUUGUAUAGUACAUUCAAAGAGAUAUGUGAGAGCAUUGAAAAGGAGACCCGUGAAAGUGUUAUAUUGUGAUAGUGAAACGAAAUCUCCAAUAUCGAAACAGAGGUCAGAUCAAAUUGUUCGUAAGCAGUCUCCGGGAGUUACGUCCAAAACGAAGGAGGUCGCUCUGGAUGCCAGCUUUAUAAAAACUAAAGCUGGCAGUGAUGCACGUAUUUUCAACACAUCAUUGAGUACCAGUAAUUACAGUCCAUCCACAACGUCAGAACAUACAACUUAUCCGAAGGACCAACUAGGUGGUCUCAAAUUCGAAAGGGCCCUUCCUGGUGACAAAAGAUUGGCGAGGGUGGUAAGUGUGGCUCGUUCCAGAACAUUUCGGGAGCACCAGGGUAAGAUCCUGAUUGAGGGGAGACGUCUGAUCUGUGAUGCCCUGGCUGCAGGAGCAAAUCCUCAAAUGGUGUUUUUUAGUUCUUUGGAUAGACUGUCUGAGCUCCCCCUGGACAAGCUGAAGAGGGCCACCCUGGUCAAAGUCAAGUUUGAAGACAUAAAGAUCUGGUCCGACGUUGUUGCACCACAGGGGGUAAUAGCCAUAUUUUCUCGACCAGACCCAUCCCAGCUGACAUUUCCUCCCGACCAGCGCAGUCAGUCUUUGCCACUGUCCCUGAUCUGUGACAAUGUGCGUGACCCUGGAAACCUGGGCACUAUUCUGCGCUGUGCUGUUGCUGCAGGUUGCCACAACAUCCUUCUCACUAAGGGCUGUGUGGACGUUUGGGAACCUAAGGUGCUUCGAGCAGCGAUGGGGGCCCAUUUCCGCCUUCCCAUCUUCCCCAGCAUGGACUGGGAUGACAUUCAAACCCAGCUUCCAAAGUCUGUUAAGGUCCACGUGGCAGAUAACUGCAGUGGCUCUGAGAGAGAAGUAGCAGCUGACAUGGAAGCAAGCCAGUCUGACAAACCUUCAAAGGCAGGAGACUAUGGAUGGGUGAGGAGCACGCCUAAUCGUAAAGACAUACGCUAUGAGGAAUACGAAUCAGAUUCGGAUUCGGACUCUGAACCUUCACUUCCAAGAUUGGAUAUAAAACUGUACCAUGAGAGAUGGGCUCAGGGGAAUACUGGGCUUGUAAUUGGUGGAGAGACGUUUGGCUUGAGUCUGGAAGCUAUUCAAUUGGCUGAGAAGACAGCUGGUCAGAGACUGUUUAUCCCUGUGGUCCCUGGAGUGGAAAGUCUCAACACAGCCAUGGCUGCUAGCAUCCUUCUGUUUGAAGGCAGAAGGCAACUGUUAAAUGUAAUUGGGACAUCUGGAAGGAAACCUGAAUCAAACCUACAAUGACAAUUAAAGAUAAUUUCUUAGCUGUGUCAUUCACAUGUUGUUCCUGUUCACUUUUCACGUGUAAACCUUCAAGACUGCACCUCUUCACUUCAUAGUGAAUCAUGUCAGAUUGAAUCAUGUGGAUGUAUUAAAUACCCAUGUUCAAAA